AUCUUUUUCUCUUUAAGGCAAGAACUUCUGAAGUGGAAUGGAUGGGGAUAUAAUGACUCCAAGUUCAUAUUCAAUAAGAAGGGACAAGUAGAAUUCACAGGAAAAAGGUACAGAUUAGGUGGUACAGUAUUACCAAUUUUGAAGGAAUGGAUGGAAAAAACAUUUGGAGCAAGUCUGGAGCACAAAACUUUGCCUAGAGCAACCUUAAAUGUUAAUGAUGUGCCUCCAUCCUUUGCAAAUGAAGAAUUUCUCCAGGAUCUUAGAGCCACUAAAAUUUCAUAUUCGCAGGAUCCAGAAGAUAGGGUAUUCAGAGCUCAUGGUCACUGCCUGCAUGAGAUACUUGUGCUCAGGGAAGGAAUGUUUAAACGAAUUCCUGAUAUAGUUGUAUGGCCAGGUUGCCAUGAAGAUGUAAUUAAAAUUGUGGAACUAGCCUGCAAACACAAUCUUUGCAUAAUACCAUUUGGUGGAGGAACAAGUGUUUCUAGUGCUCUUGAGUGUCCUGAAGAAGAGAAAAGAACUAUAAUUUCACUGGACACCUCACAAAUGAAUCAUAUUCUCUGGAUAGAUGAGAGAAACUUAACUGCUCGUGUGGAAGCUGGCAUUGUUGGCCAAGAUUUGGAAAGACAGCUUGCUGAAAGAGGCUACUGUACAGGUCAUGAACCUGAUUCCAUGGAAUUCAGUUCCUUAGGAGGAUGGGUGGCUACACGAGCAUCAGGCAUGAAAAAGAACAUUUAUGGAAACAUUGAAGAUCUGGUGGUUCAUUUGAAAAUGGUAACUCCAAGAGGAGUAAUAGAGAAAAGCUGUGAAGGACCUCGCAUGUCAACAGGACCUGAUGUACAUCACUUCAUUAUGGGAUCUGAAGGAAUCUUUGGAGUAGUUACAGAAGUUACAGUAAAAAUUCGACCUGUCCCAGAGUACCAAAAAUAUGGCUCUGUGGUAUUUCCGAACUUUGAACGAGGGGUGGCGUGUCUAAGAGAAGUAGCAAAGCAAAGAUGUGCUCCUGCAUCAAUUCGCCUUAUGGACAAUGAACAAUUUCAGUUUGGUCAUGCUCUUAAACCACAGGUUGCUUCAAUUUUUACAUCCUUUUUGGAUGGCCUGAAAAAAUUCUACAUAACAAAGUUUAAAGGAUUUGACCCCAGUGUACUAUGUGUAGCCACUUUACUCUUUGAGGGUGACAGAGAGAAAGUUCUUCAGCAUGAAAAGCAAGUUUAUGAUAUCGCUACCAAAUUUGGUGGUCUGGCAGCUGGAGAAGAUAAUGGACAGAGAGGGUACAUGCUGACUUUUGUCAUUGCUUAUCUUCGGGAUCUGGGCUUGGAUUACUAUAUAAUAGGAGAAUCAUUUGAGACAUCUGUUCCCUGGGAUAGGGUUCUAGACCUCUGCAGGAAUGUAAAGGAAAGAAUAGUAAGAGAAUGCAAAGAAAGAGGCGUCCAGUUUGCACCUCUUUCCACCUGCAGGGUGACACAAACUUAUGAUGCAGGAGCAUGCGUCUAUUUCUAUUUUGCCUUUAACUACAGAGGAAUCAGUGAGCCUCUUCAUGUCUAUGAACAAGUUGAGACAGCUGCUAGAGAGGAAAUUCUUGCCAAUGGAGGAAGCUUGUCACAUCACCAUGGAGUGGGGAAAUUGCGGAAACAGUGGAUGAAGGAGACCAUCUCUGAUGUUGGUUUGGGAAUGCUUAGGUCUGUCAAAGAAUACGUGGACCCUAAUAAUAUCUUUGGAAACAGAAACCUUUUAUAAAACCACUUAAGGUCUCAUGUACUAAAUUUAAAAAUGACUGUCAAAAUUCCUUUUAAACAUUUUCAUUGUAUUGGUAUCCCAGUAAUCAAAUAUAACAUGGAUUAAACUAUAAAAGCUAGUAUUUUUCUUACUUUUAUUUUCCUCCAGUAAAAUGUAAAUGUUCAUUGUUUAAUGUUUACAGAUUUACUUAUGCUUCUAAACCUUUCAACAGGCAUCCAAACAGAGUUGUAUCAAGGUAUUUUAUCAGCCUGGAAAUGCAGAUUUGGUAUUUCAGGUUGGGUUAGGCAUCACAGCUGAUGAUCGUAGUUUCCAUGUUGGAUACAGGCAGCUGUUUUUUUACUAAGCCAUCCCCUACAAGGCGAACAAAGACUGACACCAGUGGUUUCUACAGAAGCAGCUGCUCAACCAGCCUCUUCCUAGAGGAAAGCUGCUAGGAAACAGAUGAGAUGUGGAUUACAUCAAGGAAUGCUCCUGUGUGCUGAAAAGUUAAGUGUGUAGCAGAUCCAGAAAUGUGUAAAAGAAUAAACGCAGGCUUUGUUUAGAAGAUUAGCAUGCUUCUAUAGAAUAUGUGGCUUGCCAGUCUCCUGUUCAGCAUCAAUGAAAACUAUGAAAUCUUUGAGAACUCUUCUUGUUGUCUGAGUUUUAUAUUUGUAUUGCUGGGAUAAUCUUUAAUAUAUCCUAGAUGGUCAUAAGUUUUGUACAGAACAGCAGACAUUUCUCACUGUAUGUUACAAACAGGUUUGUUUAUAUAAAUUUGCCUUCAUCACUGCAGUCCUAAUGUGUCUGGUUUCACUUCCUUAUUUUUGCAGAGAUGUGGAACAAACCCUUUUCCAAUAGAAAACGUUUUGGUUAUUUUACAAUAAAACAGUUUUCCCAGCACCCUGUCA